AUGAAUGGUAGAAAUAGGGAUAAAGGUGCUGAAGGUAACAAUGGUGAUGGGAUAGUAGUUGUUUGGUGUGGGUCCGUGGUAGUCGGGUUCAAGUAUGAGAGGAGAAACAAUAAUAGGUUGUUUUCCGGUUGUGUGACUAAUAGUGGGUUAGGGGAGAAGACAAUGGAUGGCUGUUUUUUCAUAAAGAGAGAACGACAUUGGAUGGAGGAGAUGGUGGUUGAUAGAAUGAGAUUGAGGGCUAAAAAAGGUGGUCUAAAGAAUAGCAUCAAGAUAGCUAGGUGGUUAUGUUUUUGGCAAGAGAGAUGGAUGGCGCUAAGGGUUGGAGAAGGUGGUCGAAAGAAUUGGGAAAUCUAA